AUGAAAGUAGUAGAAGUUAUUGUUUUUGUUAUAUGCUCCAUCAGCAACAUAGACGACGGGGAGUACAAGUGCCGGGACGGGUCGUUCCCUGAGAUACGGAACAAGGUGAUCUCUGGCGUGGUGGGCGCAGCAUCCUCUGUCACCUCCAUCCAGGUGGCCAACCUCCUCAGGCUCUUCAAGAUCCCACAGGUGAGCUUCUUCUCGACCUCCCCGGAGCUGAGCAACAAGCAGAGGUUCGAGUACUUCUCGCGGACCAUCCCGUCCGACCACUACCAGGUCAAGGCCAUGGUGGAGAUCGUCAAGCUGCUGGGCUGGUCCUACAUCUCCAUCAUCUACGAGGAGUCCAACUACGGCAUCAAGGCGUUCGAGGAGCUGGAGGACUUGCUGGCCCUCAACAACAUCUGCAUCGCCGUCAAGGAGAAGCUGGUGAAGGACUCCGGCGUGGCCGAAGAGGCAGCCUACGACUACAUCGUGCAGCGGCUCCUGCUCAAGCACAGCGCCAGAGGAGUGAUCAUCUUCGGGUCGGACCAGGAGGUGGCGGGCGUGAUGCGAGCCGUCAGGAGAAACAACGCUACCGGAACCUUCUCGUGGAUCGGGUCCGAUGGGUGGUCGGCCCGCUCCCUCGUGUCCUCAGGCAACGAACUGGAGGUCGAGGGAACACUCUCCGUGCAGCCUCAAGCCAACCCAGUCCGGGGGUUCGACCAGUACUUUCUGAGCCUCACUGUCGAGAAGAACACCAGGAACCCAUGGUUCGUCGAGUACUGGGAGGACCACUUCAAGUGCCGGUACCCCGGGGGUCAACGGACGCCCUACAACGGGGACUACGCCAGCCUGUGUACUGGCCAGGAGAAGCUUACCGAGAAGAACACCCAGUUCGAGGCCCAGCUCCAGUUCGUGUCGGACGCGGUUAUGGCGUUUGGUUACGCCUUCAGGGACAUGCACAAGGAGCUGUGUGGGGGGCGGGCCGGCCUCUGUCACCUCAUGGACCCAAUCAACGGGGAACAGCUUCUCUUCUACCUCAGAAAGGUGGUCUUUAUCGGUCUGAGCGGGGACAGGUUCAAGUUCGACAGGCAGGGAGACGGGCCAGCGCGCUACAAUAUCAUUCACUUCAAGCAGGUGAUGCGAGGCCGAUAUGAUUGGGUGACCGUCGGCCAGUACGUCGAGGGCGAGCUCAAACUCAACAUGAGCGCUCUGCAGUUCAAGUUGAGAGACCCAUCACCGCCCUCCAGCGUGUGUUCUUUACCUUGUCUUACUGGUCAAGCCAAGAAGUACGUCGAGGGUGAAUCUUGCUGCUGGCACUGUUUCAACUGUUCCACCUACCAGAUCGUGAACCCUCUGGAUGAGACCCAGUGUUUGACCUGCUCCUGGGGCACGCUCCCGUCACCCGACCACCUGCACUGUAAUCCCAUACCUGAGGCGUACAUCCGGCCGGACUCGUGGUGGGCCAUCGGGGCGAUGCUUUUCUCCUCCCUGGGCGUGGUGAUGACUGGCGUAGUGGUGUGGGUCUUCGUCCGCCACAACGACACUCCCGUGGUUCGAGCUUCGGGCCGGGAGCUCUCGUACGUCCUCCUUUCAGGCGUCUUCCUCUGCUACGCCAUCACCUUCAUCUUCGUCUUGAAGCCGUCGGCGGUGGUGUGUGGGGUGCAGAGGUUUGGUCUGGGGUUCUGCUUCGCCGUGGUCUACAGCGCCCUCCUCACCAAGACCAACCGUAUCUCAAGGAUUUUCAACGCGGGGAACAAGACCACGAAGCGACCCUCGUUCAUCCCGAGAUCACAGCUUUGUAUCUGCUUUUGCACCAUCUCCGUGCAGGUGGUGAUCACAGGGGUGUGGUGGGUGGUGUCCCCCCCAAGAGCCAUCCACUACUACCUGGUAAGAGAGGACAACUUCCUGGUGUGCGCUGCCUCCAUCAACGCCUCCUACAUGAUAGCCUUCGCCUACCCCAUAGGGCUGAUCGUGGUGUGCACCGUCUACGCCGUUCUCACCCGCAAGAUCCCCGAGGCAUUCAACGAGAGUAAACACAUCGGCUUCACCAUGUACACAACGUGUAUCAUCUGGCUGGCCUUCGUCCCCAUAUACUUCUCGACUGCCAACAAUGUGGAGCUAAGAAUCACCACCACCUCGGUCACCAUCUCACUCUCAGCCACGGUGGCGCUCGUCUGCCUCUUCACGCCCAAGCUCUACAUCAUCCUCAUACGACCGGAGAGAAACGUCCGCCAGUCUAUGAUGAGCAGCUCCAGGUACUCCACCAUUAAACGCAACAUGUCAGAGUCCUCGCAACGGGUCGACUCUGCCACUCAGAGUGAAGACUACGAGCUCAAGGAGAAGCUGAAGAGCUUGGAGUAUGGAACACAACGGUCCAGGUCCUUGGCGGCGUCCACUCAAACCUGCCCGGCUUCCUGCGUCCUUCCCCAUCAUAGAUGUCCGCUAGCCUCCAGGUUAAGCUUGCCAGCUUCCACAGGAAGUGUUAAAGCUUGCAAAGGCAGCGUUCCAGCUUUCAUGGGCAGCGUUAAAACUUGUAAAGGCAGCCUUAAAGCUCCGACGGAAGGCAUUCCAGCUCCCAGUGAAGGCAUUCCAGCUCCCCCAGACGGCGUUAAGGGUUCCAGCGGCAGCAUUCUAGUCUCCAGGGGCACUGCAUCAACCACCAACGGCCCCAUACAAGACGUUCCUGAUGUUCAGCUUUAGGACCCGA